AUGACGAUGAAAUCGAUGAAGUAUAACGACUGUGACACAAUAAUGGAUGGGUACAGUCAGGCGCCUCCACCGUUGCCAAGGAGAGUACCACCGGCCCGGAAUAUUUAUGCGGAACCGUUUGCGGCGGAAACGAAUACGAACAGACUACAAUCAUCACAACAGCAACAGCAUCAAUCGCAGCAACAAUCGCAUCCACAAUUGACGCAAUCUAUGACAAAUACUCACAUCAGUACCGGAUCCCGCCUUGGAGGAUCUUCAUCUUUGGUAAUGCCUGUCUUUCCCCUCCGAACGGCGGGAACUGUGCACGCGCCACACUAUUCACCUUACUCACCUUCAAGGUUUCGGAUCGACAAAAGCUGUCAGCAUCGUUGUUCUUGGAAAUGUUUUAGCAUUGCCUUAAUCUUAGUCACAAUUGUUUUAUCAGGGAUGUUAACAUACUUCGCAGCAACGAGUUCCAUGAAAUCGAAUCUCGAUUCGGCCAACUGCAUACUGGUUCAGGACGUGAAAACGGGCGCUCCCGUCGACCAGUCGGGGACAUCGAUAGACUCCACCAACUACGGUCUGCUGUCCGGGGUAUCGACUCAAAAUCCGACGGAAGAAUCGCCGCUCACUAGUACACUGGACCAUAACAGUUUCUCCACGAACGGUGGCCUCGGUGGCGGUGGCACUGCCUCGAUUGCGCUCUCGUCCUUCAAGGAUAUACUGCAGCAGCAGCAACAAACGACACAAAUUUUCACAUCCGUCGCGCAACAGAAGUGGCCCUCGAUCAUCGAACUGCGAGGGUUCAACGAGGUGCACUCGUCGACGAUUGCACCGUUUCAGUUCUGGAACGUCGAGUUCCGCAACAAACAUCCGGCGUUUGUCCAGUUUAACUUUACGCUUCCUUGGGGUGCCAACUUUGCCAUCUACGGCCGCCGCAACGUCGGUCCGACCGUAACGCAGUACGAUUUUGUUGAGUUUAUUCGUGGCGGCCGAAUCGACCACAAGCUGCGGCGAAAGCGCAGUUCACCGCACGAUUUCUUUCCCGCCGGCAUGCUGGUGGAUGACGGCUACGGCAUGGAUGACGAGAACUCGUCCACCUUCGAGACGAUCCGGCGCAAUCGAUUUGUCUUCGACGACCUGCAGCUCGAUGAAGUGGAGCGGCACAUAAUAUCCAAACGAUCGACUGACGGUGGUGCGGCCGGUGGAGCGGCUCCGUCCUCGUUGCGCAAAAUUGACAUGGAAGCGAUGACGGUGAACGUCACCAUCUUGCAGUACCUCGACAUUGGCCGCUGGUAUUUGUCCGUCUACAACGACGAGGUCCUUCCGCACACCGUCUCGCUGGUGGUGGGAGAGGCGGAAGGCAUACAUACGGCGUGCCCGAGUGACUGUUCGGGGCGCGGGUCGUGCUAUUUGGGCAAGUGUGACUGCAUCGAUGGCUACCAAGGGAACGAUUGCUCCAUCAGUGUUUGUCCGGUUUUAUGCUCGGCCCACGGGCACUACGGUGGUGGCGUUUGCCACUGCGAGGACGGCUGGAAGGGCUCGGAGUGCGAUAUUCCUGUGUCGGAGUGUGAAAUGCCAACCUGUUCGAAUCAUGGCCGGUGCAUCGAAGGCGACUGCCACUGUGAACGCGGCUGGAAGGGACUUUUCUGCGAGCAACAAGAUUGUAUCGAUCCGUCCUGCUCGGGGCACGGUGCCUGCGUGUCCGGACAGUGCUUCUGUAAGGCCGGCUGGCAGGGUGAUGACUGUAGCAUAGUGGACCAGCAAGUUUACCAGUGUCUUCCAGGAUGUUCGGACCAUGGCACGUACGAUUUGGAUACUGGUUCGUGUAUCUGUGAUCGCCACUGGACGGGAAUAGACUGUUCGCAAGCGGUUUGCAGUCUCGAUUGUGGUACCAACGGAAUAUGCGAGAACGGGCGAUGUCGGUGCGACGACGGGUGGACGGGAAGCUUAUGCGAUCAAUUGAUGUGCGAUCCGCGCUGCGCCGAGCACGGUCAAUGCAAGAACGGAACGUGCGUUUGCUCACAGGGAUGGAACGGACGACAUUGCACACUGCCUGGCUGCGUUAAUGGAUGUUCGAGACAUGGCCAGUGCGCCCUGGAGGAUGGCGAGUACCAGUGUAUCUGCAUCGAAGGCUGGGCCGGUAGCGAUUGCUCGAUGGCGCUGGAAAUGAGUUGCAAAGAUAACAUUGACAACGACAACGACGGCAUGACCGACUGCUCGGAUAGUGAGUGCUGCGUGCAUUCGAGCUGCGCCGAGCACAUCAUGUGUCUCGCUUCGAACGAUCCCGUUGAAGUUCUGCUCCGUAAGCAGCCACCAUCGGUAACGGCCUCGUUCUAUCAGCGCGUCAAGUUUCUUAUCGAGGAAAACUCCGUGCAGUCGUACGCGCAUAUGGAUGAGUACAGUGAAAGUGAGUUCUGGAACUCGUUCACACCGUGUCGGGUGUCGGUGAUGCGUGGCCAGGUAGUCACCCAGCAGGGGCUUGGCAUUAUAGGAAUCCGCGUUUCGGUCGAUCGGGACUCGCGCUUCGGAUUCACCCUGACCCGACAGGGCGGUUGGUUUGAUGUACUGGUUAAUGGUGGUGGAGCGGUCACGUUGCAGUUCCAACGAUCACCAUUUCGUCCGUUGACGCGAACCGUGUUUGUACCGUGGAAUCAGAUCGUCGUGUUGCCGCCUGUGCAGAUGCAGAUCAACGAUAACGACGAUCACGACGAUAUUUCGUUCAUAUCCGUACCAUCGAACCCGGCGUACAGUUUUCUCAGCAGCUCGCAGUACCGCUUCCUGGAGGACAACCCAUCGCCGGUGGCCGUGUGCCUGGAGCACGAUCAUGAGCUGCUGAACCCGCAGCUGACCAGCACGUGGAUGCCGAACGGGGUCGGCUCGAUGCCGGGGAAAAAUUUCAUUUUCGCCGAAACCCAAGUGGUACAAGAGUCACUGAAGAUCCCCGGAUCCGAGAUCAAUCUGCUGUACAAAUCGUCCCAAGCGUCCGGGUACCGGGCGAUCGUGCGCAUGCAGCUCACGCACGACCGCAUCCCGGAGACGCUGACGCACGUGCACGUGGGCGUCCAGAUCGAGGGCUCGCUGCACGUGAAGACGUACGAGGCGGACCCGAACCUGCGGCACAUUUUCGCGUGGAACAAGCGCAACGUGUACAAGCAGAAGGUGUACGGGAUCGCGAUCGCGCGCAUCUCGAUCGGCUACGAGCACGCGACGUGCCGCGGGAUCGUGUGGGAAACGCGCACCGUCAAGCUGCAGGGCUUCGACGUCGACAUCUCGGACAUCGGUGGCUGGGGUCUCGAUAUCCACCACCACUACAACUUCCACGAGGGCAUCCUGCAGAAGGGCGACGGGGCGACGAUCCAUUUGCGCGAGUUUCCACGCAUCGUCCGGGGCGUUCUCGGCGAUGGCCAGCAGCGCACGUUGAUGUGUCGCGACCACUGCAACGGGCUGUCGAAGAACGGGCAGCUGCUGACACCGGUGGCCCUAGCGUCCGGGCCGGACGGUAGCCUGUACGUCGGAGACUUCAAUCUGAUUCGACGGGUGACGACGAACGGCAGCGUGUUCACGAUCCUGCAGCUCGAUACGACGAGGGUUUCGUACCAGUACUACCUAUCGGUGUCGCCGGCCGACGGCCAGCUGUACAUCUCGGAUCCGGAGCGGCACAAGAUACUGAAGAUUGUGUCCCUGGAGAACGUGGACGAUCCGUCCUCGAACUACGACGUGAUCGUGGGCAGUGGCCAGCGCUGCAUCCCGGGCGACGAGCAGAACUGUGGCGAUGGGGGCGCCGCGAUCGAAGCGCGCCUGUCGCACCCGAAGGGGCUGGCGAUAGCGGCCGACCGGACGAUGUACAUCGCCGACGGGACCAACAUUCGGGCGGUCGAUCCGAAGGGUACCAUCCACACGCUGAUCGGGCACCACGGACACCAGAACCGCUGGAGCCCGGUGCCGUGCCGGGGCGCGGCCCGCGCAAUGCAGGUGCAGCUGCAGUGGCCCACCGCCCUGGCGCUCAGCCCGCUCGAUGGGUCGCUCUACUUCGUCGACGAUCGGCUCGUGCUGAAGCUGACGUCCGACAUGAAGGUGAAGGUGAUCGCCGGGAUCCCGCUACACUGCAACGAGGACCACGCGCAGAGCGUGAACCGGUCCGCACCGGCCGAGGAACCCCUCGGGUCCGUGCUGGCGAUGGCCUUCGGACCGAACGGGGACCUGUACGUGGCGGACACCAACUCGAAGCGCAUCAACACGAUCAAGGUGAUCGAAUCGUCCACCGGGUUCAUGAAGCAGUUCGCCGGCAAAGUCGACCACGGAAGCCAGGAGUGCGAUUGUUCCGGCAACAAAAUGGUAAGCUAUCGGCGCAAGGCGUCCAACGGUACCGGCGGCAGUAGCUCGAGCUCCUCGAACCAAAGCGCCGUGGCUAGCGCGCUCCUUGAGCAGCAGCGGAGUACGGCAGUCGGCGAGGGAGCCGGCCAUUCCGGGGCAUUCUGCGUGUGCCAGAUCGCGAACGUUACCGGCGGCCGGAAGGACUACAGCGGUGAUAGCGGAUUCGGUUCCGGCAGCAAUACGUUACCGAGCGGUGAGACGGUCCUCUCAUCCAACGUUCGCUUUCAAUCGAUCUCGGCCAUUGCGGUCGCACAGGAUGGCGUGAUUAACGUGGCCGAUCAAGGCUCGCUCCGGAUCUACGCGCUCGAGCACUACCUGCCGCAGCACGACGCGAACGGCGAGUUCCAGCUGCCGUACACGCCGCUGAACGAGCUGUACGUGUUCAACCGGUACGGGCAGCACGUGGCCACGCGCGACCUGUCGACCGGCAAGUCGCGCUACUCGUUCCUCUACUCGAAAAACACCAGCUUCGGCAAGCUGUCGACGGUGACGGACAGCUCCGGCAACAAGAUACAGUUCCUGCGCGACUACAGCAACGUGGUCAGCUCGAUCGAGAACGGGCAGGACUACAAGACGGAGCUCCGCAUCUCGGCCAGCGGGCUCCUGACGAAGGUGAGCGCCCGGUCCCCGGGCGGCGGCCAGGGCCGCAAGGUGGAGGUCCUGCUCGACUACGAAUCGAACAGUGGGCUGCUGAUCAGCCGGACCGAGGGGCAGGAAAGUUUCAUCUACCAGUACGACGACUUCGGGCGCUGCGUGAAGGUGAUCGCCCCGAGCGGCGAGAUCGUGCACGUGCGAACCCUCGUCGACGGCGCCGAGCGCUCGGCGUCGGCCACUUCGAUGGCGGCGACCGCGACCAAGCAGGACCUCGACCUGCUCGUCUCCGUCCAGGGUAGCAUCCAGUCGGCGUUCGGGGCCCGGGGGCCAGCGAAACCGACGGAGUACGCCAUCACGGGCAACAUCCAGGCGGUGGCGAUCACGCGCGGUGACAAGCUCACGACGGGGAAGAUUGGGGCCAUCAACCAGACGGUGUCGCUCGUGUUGCCCCCCUCGAUCCGGCUCGAAGCGUCCGCCAUCGUGACGCACCCGUGGCUCGAGCGCUACCUACCGAUCGAGGCGGAAAUGCUGCCCAUGUGGUCCCACCAGUCCCUGCAGCUGGGCGAGCGCCCCGUCAACGAUCUGCGCUCCAGCUACGAACUCUCGUCGGCCGGCUGCAAAGCGUCGGCGGCGGGGGCGGCCGCGACGACGACGACACUGGGUGCGGGACCAGCCACACCAUCCGUGGCCGGCGGAAGCAUCCUCCGGGGAGCGGCGGCGGCGGCGGCGGCGGCAGCGGAACGGAUGCUCUGCAGAGACAUCCUGGUGAACGACGGGAAGAAACUGCGCAUCGAGUACGAUCCGGUGGGGCAACGGGAAACGCUGCGCGACCGGGACAACGAGAUCAUCCUGAGCGUGGCGUACGACCCGUCCGGGCUGCCGACCGGGUUCUAUCCGGGGGCCGGCGACGAGUACCACUCGCUCAACAUCACGUACGAUCGGUUCAACCGCGUCGAAGGCUGGCAGUGGGGCCCGUCCGAGCUGCGCUACAACUACGACCGGCAGGGCCGGCUGGCGGAGGUGACGAGCGCCCAGGAUGGGAUCGUGUCGUACGACUACAACGACGGCAACCUGCUGGAGAUGAUUUCGCUCGGCAGCCAGCGCAAGUUCAAGCUCACGUACGACCGGAACGGGGGCUUGCGCGAGAUCGUGCUCCCGAGCGGCACCCGGCACAGCUUCAGCCUGCAGCCCUCGAUCGGGUUCCUGCGGUUCGCGUACAACCCGCCCGGCAGCUCGCGCUCCUACCUGCAGCACUACGCGCACAGCGGGGCCCUCCUGCAGACGGUGUUCCCGGGUGACGGGGCCCGGAUCGUGUACCGGUACGACGACGAGGAUCGGAUCGCCGAGAUCGUGCACGGGGACGGGCGCGACGAGUUCCUCUACCAGAGUGGGGCGGCGGCCGGCGCAUCCUGCGAGCUGCCGAUGGCCAUCAUCCACACCGAGCGGGACCUGGAGUUCCGGUGGGACUUUGACUGCGUCGGCGGUGGGCUGCUGGUCGAGGAGCGGAUCGAUUUCUCGGCCCGCAGUGGGCUGUCGAACGUGAAGUUUAACUACGAGUACGACGACCACUUCCGGCUGGCGGCGAUCGGGGGCCGCAUCGGGGGCCAGAAUUUGCCGGCCCAGGUGUACGGGUACGACGAGCGGACCGGGCGGCUGACGGCGAUCGGACCGUUCGAGGUGACGGCACGGGGCGAUCGGCAGACGAACGCGACGACGGUGAGCGACCGAACCGGGACGUUCAUGCGCACGGUCAACGGGCGGUUUCUGGUGACGCAACUCACGCUCACCAUCCACCGGAUGGAGGUGUUCCGGAUGGAGUUUGGCCACGAUCUGCACGGGCGGAUCGUGCAGACCCGCACCUACACGCGCAACGUCGGCGUGAACACGUACACGAACGUGAAAAACUUCACGUGGGACUGCGACGGGCAGCUGGUCGGGGUGGAGGCGCAGGAACCGUGGGGUUUCCGGUACGACGACAACGGGAACAUGCUGUCGCUGACGUACCGCGGCAACACCAUCCCGAUGGAGUACAACGGGCUCGAUCGGAUCGUCAAGUUUGGCGAGGGUCAGUACAAGUACGAGCCGCGGGGCCUGGUGGCGCAGAAUGCGCGCGAGGAGCGCUUCCACUACAACGCCAAGGGGCUGCUGGUGCGGGCGACGAAGCGCGGCCGGUUCGAUAUCCGGUACUUCUACGACCACCUCAGCCGGCUGAUCACGCGCAAGGACAACUUUGGCAACGUGACGCAGUUUUUCUACACCAACCAGCGGCGGCGGAGCGAGAUCAGCCACAUCUACUCGCCGCGCGACGGGAAGCUGAUGUCGCUGACGUACGACGACCGUGGGUCGCUCGUGUACGCGCAGGUGUACCGGUACCGGUACUACAUCGCCACCGACCAGUGCGGCACGCCGGUCAUGAUCUUCAACCAGUACGGCGAGGGGAUCCGCGAGAUCAUGCGCUCCCCGUACGGCCACAUCGUGUACGACUCGAACCCGUACCUCUACAUGCCGAUCGACUUCUGCGGGGGCAUCCUCGAUCAGGUGACGUCACUGGUGCACAUGCCGGACGGGAAGGUGUACGACCCACUGAUCGGCCAGUGGAUGACACCGAACUGGGAGCACGUGGACCAGCGCAUCAGCAAGCCGACGAAGCUGCACCUGUACCGGUACAACGGCAACGACCCGAUCAACCCCGCCCAGCAGCUGCGGGACCGGCCGCGGGACCACUUCGAGUGGAUGCGGCUGAUGGGCUACGACGUGGAGAACAUGAUCCCGCAGGCGUCGCUCGGCGACCGGUUCUACCGGCAGCGCGACUGGCUGGAGAGUGCGCUCGCCGCGCCGAACGUGCUGCGCCGGCCGCACCAGGAGCGGGCCUCGGCCAUCAGCAUCGGGUCCGGCUUCAUGGCGCACGUGCUCGAGCGGAGCGUGCGCUCGCUGAACGACCUGCUCCAGCUGCCGGCCGGCUUCGUGUCGAGCCUGAAGUCCGACCCGCUCGCGAUCGGCCCGUUCCGCUUUGGGUCCGGGUCCGAGCCACCGUUCGGCCACGGGAUCAUCGUGUCGCGGAGCGCCGACCCGGACGGGUACGCGAUCGUGUCGAGCGUGCCGGCCGCGAACCCGAUCUACCGCGACGUCUACACGUCCGUGUUCAACCGCACCCGCCUCCUGCCGUUCACGUUCGUCGUCCACAACUCGCUGCAGGACGCGUUCUUCUUCGUGAAGGAAGACUCGUGGCGUGCCAGCGAAGACCGGCAGCAGCUGAAGCGGCUCCAGGGCCAGGUGAACACCACGUUCCACGACUCGGUGUCCACGGGUGGCAGUGUCGGCAGCGGAUCUCCCGGUGGUGGUGGCGGCAGUGUCAGUGGUGGCCCCGGUGGGCCGAAAGGAACCGCCCACCAUCAGGACGUGAAAAUCCACACGACCAACGCGGUCAUCAACCUCAAGUACGGCACGACGGCGGAGAAGGAACGCCAGCGGCUGAUGCACCACGCGAAGCUCCAGGCAGUCCGGAAGGCGUGGCAUCGGGAGAAGGACCUUCUGCGCGGUGGCCUGAUCUCCAGCUACGAGUGGACCGCGCAGGAGGUCGAGGAAAUCAUCAAGAACGGGUACGCGAACCUGUACGAGGGUGAGUACGUGCACGACAUUGACCGCUACCCGGAGCUGCUCGAGGACCCGUUCAACGUGCGGUUCACGAAGAAGAAGAUGAACCAAUCGCGCAAACGGAAACGAAGAGAAACAGCGUAG